AUGUUUGUAAUUUGUGAUUUUUUAGCAAAAGAAGUUGACAAACGGAAUUUGUUAAAAUCAAAAGAACGUGACACUUUGAAACGGAGAAUUGAGCAACGUCCAUCCAAGCAAAUUCUCGUUCGACAACAUAUCUUACUGACAGCGUCUAAUGCAGAUGCAUCCAUUCAGCAGAAGACAGAAGAGUUGAAGUUGUGUAAAUUGAGAGACGAUUUGAACAGAAAAUUGCAGCAUCGACCUGGGCCACUCGAGUUGAUUACUAAAAAAAUUCUACAAGCUGAUGCUGAACUGGAGCAAGCCAUACAAGAGGGUCGUUUAUCAUUCACAAAAACCAACCAAGGAAACGAAGUUGAAAGGAAAGAAGAAGAAUCAGAGAUGGAGGUAAUUUCUGCUGCGGCAUCAACAUAUACAUAUCCAAAGAAAGUACCAAAUGUAUGUUUGGUAAAAUCAAAAUUACGCCGAAGAGGUUCGCAGUAUCGGACACCUUAUGUCCAGACAUUACCUUCACCAAACGCUCGAUCAAAACUAAAAACACAAGAUUCUGCUGUUGAAAGUAAUCAGGAUACAGAAACAUUGGAUGACGGCUUGGCGAAUCAUGGUGUAUCAUAUAUGAGUGAUAGUUCGUCAUUGCUGAAUGUCACUGAACAGGCAAGUUCGAAUGAAAAUACAUGUGAGAUGCAGAGCAGCUAUGAUCUGUUACUUCAACAACAGCAGUUGUUUUUACAAUGGCAACGUGAAGUAGAAGAAUCUCGAACGCAUGGCAGCUUACAAGAAAAUGAGGAGAGACGACCGUAUCAGGAUGAAUGCGCUUCAUCGAGUGGAGCAUCACGCUGUGUAACACCAUCUGUUCAAAAAUCAUUAAUGGGCACAGAUUGUAUUCAAACUGGAGUGCAAUCGGUGAUUUCAGAACAAGGACAGGACAAUCAGCAAUGUUGUCGCUGUUCCAGUGUUACUUUGAAUGAUUCUGAAAUAUCAGGCAUUGUGAAUCCUGUAAGUGAUAUUGAGAAGCCAAAAUCCCGUCUUGCAGACUAUCGAGUUCAAGAUCUCAAAAAUGAGUGCAAAAAGCGUCAACUACCUGUUUCCGGUCCAAAACCGCAAUUGCUGGAGCGAUUGAAACCUUACGAAGAAUCGAUCCUUAAUCAGUCCUGUACUGCCACAUUUAUGGAUUCGUCGUCAUGUGAGCCAGCUUCCAUUCCUUCACCAAUUUCUGAUACUGCAGCUUCAUCUAAUCGGUUACCUCCGAUCAGUAAUGUCAUUGGUAAUUAUGGAUCCAGCAAACAUUCGUCUCUUUCUCCCCUUAUACAACGAGCUCAGUCAAUUCAGCCGCAUUCGUUUGUCGUACAACUGCCUCCUGCUCAGCAGCGCCAGCACCAGGUCUUACAUCUUGUGGAUGCUAAUGGUGCAGUGGUUGCAACAGCAACGGUACCUCCUAAUAUGCAGUGUUGUUGUAAGACAUCAGAUCAUUCGCAAACUUCUAAUAUCUCUGUGAAUGAUAAUACCACAUCUCGAUCUUUAAGUGAUCGUUAUCACCAACAUAAUUCAAAUAAUAAUCACGUUACGCAGAAUAUGGUGCAUCAAGUUCAAAAUGAGCCAACUUUCAGUUUCGCACAGCUUGGAUCGGGUGGGCAGUUUACCCUAGUACGGCAAUCUUCUGCAGAACAGUUGCAGCAUGAAAAUGAAACGCAUUCGUCUUGUAGUGGACAGCACCAACAUCAGGAAACCCAGUUAACACAGAGCACGUUAAUUUCAUCUUGUAAUAGCAAGCAACAAACUCAUUCGGGAACAGGUGCUGUAUUUUCGUCUUGCGAUGACUCGCAUCAACAACAAACGCAGGGAUCUAUCCUUUCUUCCUUUAAUGCACAGCAUCAGCAGCAAGCUCAGUUGACACAAGGCACGAUUUUGGGGAAUGCAGUUCUUAAUUGUCAGUUAACUCCUUCUCCAGCGUCUCCAGAUCAGCGUGUGGUAGGAGCAGGGUCACACCAGUUGACUGCAGUACCAUUACGUGCUACAAAAUCGCAACAGCAGUUAUAUCAAGUACAAAUUCAACAUUCCGGAACAACUACUACUUGCUUUAAGCAGCACAAUCGUCAGGGUCAAUACUUUUUGUAUAAUAAUGUUGCGGGACAUAGCUCAAAGGAGGAUAGUGGUGGGUCUCAGAAUGUGUUAUGUCCAUCGAUGCAAUCUGCUCAACCUCACUGUUCUCCAGUGACUGCAGAUUCGGCGAGUGGUAGUUCGCCCGACAUUCCAUCACCACCAAAUAAUGUUGAAAAAUUAGUCGUUGUUGAAGCGGUUCCUACUCAUAUCGAUCCAAGUGAUACGAAUGCUUUACUUUCUGCCACAACUUUGUCUAUACAUGAAGAGAUGCUAAGAUUUCAACAGCGAAAAAUUGAAGAACUGCAAAAAGAGCUACAUCACUCACAGCAGCAGCUUAAACACCAACAGCAAAUUAUUUUAGCAGCCAAAAAAGCGCAACAAGCGAAAAGACAGGAAAAUGCUCAGCAUGAAGGCUAUCAACAGCAGUCUGAUGCAGAUCUUUGGCUUAAUCAGCUUGACAUUAAGCAUCUGAACAAAUUUCACAUACAGCUUUUUUUACAGCAUAAACUUCAGCAGCAACAAAUGCAGGCAGAUUCAUUUUUCAUUUCUCGGCACAAUCUCUUUUCAAAGUCGAUUUUUGAAACGAAACAAUUUGAUAUAGGAUUUAUUUUUUGCUCUACAUCAUCUUCGUUUAUUCUCGUUUUUGCUCAGAUAACCGAACAACAAAAUUUAGCUACAACAGAAGAGAAGUUGCAAGAAGAAUUGCAUGUAGAACAAGCUGUUCAAGAUAUUGUACGAUUGAUUAAGCAAGAUGCCCGUACUGCUUUACUAAUUGUUCAGUUACUACGACGUUACCAGUUAGAAAGAAAUCAAGCUGUAGCUGCAGUGACGCAAAUUGUUGAAAAUCCAAGUUGUGAGAAGGACGUACAGCAGGAUGUUCAAAAGGAAUCAAAGAUGACUGAUUCUGUUGUAGUAGACCCACAGAUUCAACAGCCUGUCAAUGUGGCAAUAAAAUCAGUUCAUAAUGCAUUGCAGCCACAGACUUCUGUUGUAAUUAUUGAAGAUGACUUGCAACGAUUUGUAUCCAGCAGUUCGAUGCAUUUUAAGCAUAAAAGCCGAAAGAAAAAUGUCCUUAGGGCAAAAUCUGAUGCAGAUUCACAAGAAAAGCCGAGUACCAGCGUGGACAUGGAAGAGAUUUUCAAACAGGUCCUAGAAAAUGCUUCUAAAGCUUUACUAGAAAGUGAUUCCGGAAAAAGAUCAAAGGCUAAUCUGUCAUCGUCAUCUGGUUUUCCUGAAGACUUUGUAACUCAUAAAGAAACACCUUCCAGUUCUUUACAGCAAUAUGAAGUGAAUACUGUCGUGGUUGAAAACAACAACAAUAACACAACUCUCCUACCGAGUUGUGAUCAGCUGAUUCAACCGUACAAUGAUAAAGUGUCACCAAUUUCAACAGUUUAUGCGGUAGAUCAAACAAUGGGAACUGAUAUUGGCUGUAGAUUUUUCGAAGAUGUCGAAGUAGUCGAGGAAAGAACUGCUGGCACUCCACAGGUUUACCAGUACUCGAAAAAUCAGUCAUUUGAUGAUUUAAUGGACGUUUUGCGGGAUGAUCAGACUGAUGCACAGAAUGUGGAAUCAAAUGAUCUUGAUGUGAGUUCAACAACAGUAUAUGGAACAGACGAAUUGGCUGCACUGUUAGGCGAUGAUUGGUUUCAAAAUGAUUGUGCUAUGAUCGAAGCAUCAAUUUCUUCGCAAACUGCAGAGCAGUACAUCAGUUCAGAAGCUGUAAUUAAAAAAGUGGGUACGGCGGAGAAACAGAUUUUAAACUACAAUGAUUCAUUAAUGGCUCAUAAUUGUAUUCAACCUAUUGAUCAGAACACAGGUAUGGAUUGGUUGGAUAUGAUGUUGCCUGCACCAUCUCCAGUUUCCGUUGGUCUAGAUAACAGUGAGAUCGGCUCGAUAGUGUGA